AUGCAUGACGGAUGCCAGGACGACCCGCGCUUCAUUUCGUUGACGAACCAGUCCAACAACUGCAUUUUGCGCUUCACGGUCUUCGCCCGUUGUGCACGUGAACUGGGAGAGGAGGACACGCGCUGCAAGUAUCAGUACUACCGCGCCCAGUGUGCAUGCCCUGAGUCGCAGUUGGAGGACUGGAUGGAACAUCGCGCUCGUGGCUCCUGCCAUCUGGACGUUCUGCCUGACCGCAGCACUGUUCACUGCAAGCAGCUCAAAUCUCCAGAGUCUAGAUCUCCAUGUCCCGGUAUUGAACUUGGGAAUUCUGUCCGCUUCGGAGGCUGGAAGUGGGAAGAGGCCAACAUCAUGUACGGCAAGGACAACUAUGCAAUGCAGCAAGGAUAUCCAUAUGGUGCUUAUGCCGAUGAGUUGGGGCCGUCGAAGCCGCUCAUGGGACCACCGCAGACGAUGACUCGGCAGCGCGUCAACUUGGUUGGCAUCAUUAUGGCGCUGUUUGUGCCGUGGUUCGUGUUCAUCGCCAUGUGCGGACUAUGGUGCUUCAAGUUGCGGUACACAUCACCUGGAGUGGUGAUGGUUAUCACGCUGGUGCUGGGAAUUCUUCUUGGGCUCUACACCCUCCACAGGGUUAUGCUGUCGUGCCGGGCCAUCAUGUUUGGCCAGUACCACUUGGUUGAAACAGGAAGGUUUGCAGUGUGGCUACUCUUCAUUGCGGUCACUGCUUCCAUUGCCUUCGUGCUGGGCAUGCUCAUUGGCAGCUACAAUUACCAGACGAACAUGCGCUCGAUCUUCGAUGUGGUGUCGCUCAACUCAUACGUUGAGGUCAACCCUGCAACGAUGAGGGGCCAGGAGCUGAUGGACGCAGGCAAGGUCCAGUUCGUAGCAGGAGCUGGUCUGGACUUCCACCUGGCCAAUGGGUUCAAGAACACGGACGUGUUUUGUGUCGCACCAAUAACCGUGAACAACAUGGUGCUGGCUUCCUAUGACUUCUGGGCGGUGGGCAAGAAUUGCUGUUCCGAUCAGCAAGCCGACUUCAAAUGCGGAGCGUACAACAGUGAUGGCCCCAAGGGAGGCUUGAGGAUAACCAGCGAUGAGGAUCGAGACUUCUACAGGCUUGCAGUGCAGCAGGCCGAAUCUGCUUAUGCAAUCAAGGCCAUCCACCCACUCUUCUUCGAAUGGACUGCGGACUCCUCCAAACAGGUCUUGGACGAUGAACGCGCUGGAUACCAGAUGUUUCUCAUGGGCAUCAUUGCGCACUUCGCUUUCCAGGCCUUUCUGGCAGACACCCUGGACAAGACGGCAUUGCCAUCGAUCUGGUCGACGGCCACCUACACCCCCCUCGCGAAGUCGCGGCAGAUCCUCCUCACGCGCCCGGGAAACGUGGAAUACGUCUACCCAGGAACAUUCAGGCAGGGAGGAGACUACGUGCAGGUCAGUGAAGCUGCUGAAGUGGUACUCAUCGCUGGCUUUGAUGCAGAGAGUGGUCGAUGCUAUUCAGGCGUCGUUCUCCAAGCACACUGCAACUUCCCGCAUAAGUUCUCACGGACGGUGGAAGAGGUGACGGCUGCAGAGAAGAAGGACACAUCGCCCUCGCCACCCUCUCCCUCAGAGGAUAUGGAGUCGACGGCCACACGGUGUCCUUCGGUGGAGAAGUUGCGCAGGGAAUGCAGCUGGAUGUCUCGGAGCGCUUCCGGAGCUCGGCUCAGCCCUACAAGCACGAUGUUCAAGAGUGCCUCGCGGAGCAGCGGUCUCUCGCUUGAGAAGUUUGGCGAGCUUGAAGAGCCCCCGCCGACACGAGAACGACUCUGGUCUUGCUGCCUUUUCUAUGCCGUCAAGGAGGGCAUCCUCGUGUACUUUGCGGAUGACAUAGAAUCUUGUGAGGAGGUGAUUCGCUCUGUUCAAGCGCGAUACCGGGAUGUCCAGGGAUCAGAAGGCAGCGCGCCGCAUCCGCAGGUCCACACAAUCCGGCAUGCAGCUGGGGGUGCACCGCCAGUGGCUGGACGCAUCAUCGCUGCAGUGCUGAAGAAUGACCUGAAGCGCGACUUCCAGGUGUACAGCACAGCGGACAAGCAGAAGGAGUUCACCAACUGUGUCGCUUUCUCUAUGCGAAUAGUCAAGGACUUCCAGUUGGCGGUGCGGGGCUUUGACAUUCUCAAAGCCUGUGAGAGCAAGCCGUCUCUAGGGCGGAAGUGCGGAGAAGUCGUCGCAAAUGCUUGGGAGCGGCUUUGGCACACGGUGUGA